AUGAAGACCAUGAAGAAGAGCAUGGGCAUGAACAAGAUGCUAGGGACGAUCAAGCGCAGGGCCACCGCGGGUAUCGGCGGCGCCGAAGCUGUUUCAGGGCCUCAGGGAGACAGCCCCGAGGCCAUGGCCUUCCAGGCAGUAGCGGGCGACGAAGUCCUCUACCUCCCCACCAUCGUCGAUGCCGCCGAAUCCUCUCCCGCCGCCUCCGCCGAGUGCGCCAAGCUCAUCCGCAAAUUCCUCGCCCGCGAGAACAUCUCACGUCCUUCUCUGCAGUACAACGCCAUUAUGCUGCUGCGCAUCCUAACCGACAACCCCAACAUAGCUACCUUUACGCGCAACUUUGACAAGAAGUUCGUCGACACCGCCAAAGACCUACUCAAGUACGCCAAGGACCCGAGCGUCCGCACCAUUCUAGUGGAAACCCUCGAUUCCUUCGAGUACACAAAGUCCUACGACGAGGGGCUCGCGCUACUUAUUGAGAUGUGGAAGAAGGAAAAGCCCAGAGUAUACAAGAACUAUGGCAAUGCCAUGCCCCCUCAACAGCUUACAGCCCGAACUCUGAACGCUCCUCCCUUCCAGCCCACGCCGUCCGACACAUACUUUGCCUCGUCCCAGCCCUCCGCCCCACGCUCCUCCCGCCUCCCCGACGCCGUUCAACUCGCCGCACGGCUCGAAGAGGCCCAAACCUCGGCCAAGCUCCUCACACAAGUUGUCUCCAACACGCCGCCACAAGAAAUACUCGACAACGACCUUGUCAAAGAGUUCGUGGGUCGCUGCCAGCGCGCGUCCCGCUCCAUACAGGGCUACAUGACGGCCGAGAACCCCGCACCCGACAACGACACGAUGGAAAACCUCCUCGACACGAACGAGCAGCUCCAGACCGCCCUCAACACGCACCAGCGCGCCGUCCUGAGCGCAAGAAAGCAGCUCGGCAUCUCGUCGAAUAACUCUCCCUCCCAUCCCGGGACCCCUAGUCCCGACCUACCCUUGGUAUCGGGCGCGAAUAACGGCACGGCGAACGGUAGUGGAAGUGGAAGCGGUGGCACCGGCAGCAGCAGGGCGCACGCAUCCUCGUCGCGCGCGGAGGGCGUCCCACCUCCCCCACCGCCGCGAGACGGCGCCGGCAAGGGUAAGGGUGCCGUGACACCGUACGCUGCCUCGACGAACGACGACCCGCGAGACCCCUUUAGGGACCCUCAAGACGAACCCGCUGUAGGCCCCAGGCCUAAAGCCUCCAUCUCGGGCGACGACCUCUUAAGACUCGGCUCCCUCGAGGUGGACUUUAACAAGUACGCGCUCUCUGGAUCUGCGGGCGGUUCCGGCUCGAGCAAUCGCGCGGGGAAGGAGCGUGAGACGGUUGAUACGACGACGGACGACGAUGACCUUUACGAUUCGGCGCCGAGGCAAAAGCAUAGUGCGGGGGGUAGCAGCUCCAGACCUUAG